GCUUAUACAAUCUUCGGGCCCUCGACAAAUCUAUCGUCAGUUGCUAUUGUCUAUUGAAGAUGCUCGAAUGCAAAAGGGAUGAAAUCAAGGACAUUGGGUUCAUUGACCCGGACACAAUGCAUGUCAAGACCAUAGAAGAACCCCUCUAUAACAGGGAUACACCGGAGACUUUGCUAAGGUUUUUGAAGCGACAACGUGACAAAAAGACAAUACUUUGGCCUUACAACUUCCAGUUUCACUUUAUUCUUAUCGUCAUUAAAAUGUACGAAGGAGAAGUUGAAGUCUUUGACUCACUAACCAAAGAGCCUAUACAAUACAAGUCUUGUUUUCUUAUGCUCAAAAGCGUAUGGGAAACUUUCAUCAAGGAAGAUCAGUCCCAUGAUUGGAAACCGAAGCCGAUAUGGCGUGCGAACAAAGUAAGUAGUACUACCUAG